AUGUUCGUGCAAACAAUCGUGCCGUUUAAUGCACUUGAACGAACGGCAAUACGGCCACCUCCUCCCUCGGAAUUUUCAUCGUUCAUUGGCAACGUCGGAGAGCGAUUGGCAUUCGAGAUUCGUCAAAAGUUCAAGGGACUUGGAGCGGAGCCAGCGGUUGUCACUCGUUACACGUGUGUGCGCGCGGGUACGUGCAUGUGUGGACGCAAGUGCGUUCUCUGUCCCGAGAAUGUCCCGAAACAAAGAAGUCUAAGAAGAAAAGGUCUGAGAACACUUCUUUCACUUAAUUUUCACGCCAUCGUUUUACCAUUGCGGCGUAAUGGUACCGGCCUGCAAGAAAUAACUGUGCUACCGACUAUUGCUCUUGACGGUGUAAUCGGAAACAAGGUGCAGCUCCCUUGCGACAUUCGUUCCACCGAUAACGAUGAAAUUAGCAUGGUGCUUUGGUACAAGGAAGGCAGAGGUGAACCGAUUUACAGCUUCGACGUUCGCGGCCGGCGGUACAGCAACGCCCGUCUUUGGUCGUCGCCCUCGGCAUUGGGACCAAGAGCUUUUUUUGUCACGGCGACGAAUCCGGCUCACCUCAGCAUCGAUCGGCUGGAGAGCACCGACGAGGGGAUCUACCGGUGCCGGGUGGACUUCAGAAACUCGCCGACGCGGAAACAAAGGAUGAACUUAACCGUUAUAGUGCCUCCAUCGAAGCCGGUAAUAUUGGAUGGGGAUACGAGGGCUGUUUGGGGCCUCGAGGAGCGGUACAACGAGGGGAGCGACGUGAACCUGAUUUGCGAGGUCCGCGGUGGCAAGCCGCGCCCAAAGCUGACGUGGUAUCUCGACAAUACCGUGAUAGACGAGUCCUAUCACUACGAUACCCAGCUCGAGUUAACGGUUAACCACUUGGCGUAUCCGAAAAUUGGGCGACAACACCUCCAGGCGAGGCUGAUCUGUCAGGCCAGCAAUACGAACUUGGUGCCGCCGCAAGCCAAAUUGCUCGUCCUCGAAAUGAACCUAAAACCGUUGAUAGUUCAAAUCCUGACGAAGGAAACGAAGGUUUCAGCAGACAAAAAUUACGAUGUGGAAUGUCGAUCGAGCGGAUCACGGCCAAGCGCGGUGAUUACUUGGUGGAAGGCAAACAAGCCGAUCAUUUCGGAGAUUACAAACUAUCCGCUCGAGAACAAUCAGAGCCUGAGCAUCCUCAGAUUCAUGCCAACUAUAGAGGACGACGGUAAAUAUUUGACAUGCCGCGCGGAAAAUCCUGCUAUACCGGACAGCGCGCUGGAGGACAAGUGGCGGCUUGACGUACAAUACCAGCCGGUGGUCAUCCUGAGGAUGGGCGAGACGCUGAAUCCGGAUGACAUCAAAGAGGGCGACGACGUGUACUUCGAGUGUAUAGUGCGGGCGAAUCCGAAGGUGUACAAACUCGCCUGGUUCAAAGACGGCAAAGAAUUGAAGAACAAUGCGACGGCCGGUGUGGUCCUGAGCGAUCAAUCGUUGGUGCUCCAAGGAUUGACCCGUUACUCCGCCGGCGCUUACACCUGCCUCGCCGCGAACAGCGAGGGGAAGACGGCCAGCAAUCCGGUGUCUCUCCAGAUAAUGUAUGCGCCGGUGUGCAAGGAGGGCAAGAGCGAGGUGGUGGUGGGCGCUUUGAAACAGGAGACCGUGUCGUUAGUGUGCUCCGUGGAGAGCCAUCCGGCGCCAUUGACUUUCCAUUGGACAUUCAAUAAUUCCGGCGAGCUCGUCGAGGUACCGCACUCGCGUAUCUACUCCCACGUAUCGGCGCCCGGCGCGCCGGACGGCCAGAGAGAGUACGAGCAGUUUCGUGGAUUCAGACUGAACUACACCCCGGCCACGGAAAUGGAUUACGGUACGGUGGCGUGCUGGGCGAGCAACCAGGUUGGCAAGCAACGAACACCUUGCCUUUUUCAGGUUAUAGCCGCGGGUCGCCCGUACGCUCUUCACAAUUGCAGCGCCACGGAGAUGUCAGCGCCUCUGGACAUGGAGGAGCUUGGCACGAAGUCGGGGACGGGAUUGGUGGUCCGGUGCCUGGAGGGCUACGACGGAGGUCUUCCGAUAUACAGUUAUCAGCUGGAGGUCGUGUCCGACGAGGACGGAGGUCCGAUUCUCCUAAAUAAAACCGUGCCGGCGGGCCCCAACGGGCCGACAUUCGAGGUCGCGGGACUAACGACGGGAAGGAGCUAUCGACUUUUCCUCUACGCGAUUAAUGCGAAGGGGAGGAGCGAGCCUGCCAUCCUCGAGCCGGUAACCCUGAAGGGUGUCGCUAUGUACACGACUGGCAACACCGAUGCAUCGAUGCUGAAUCCGUUGUUGCUGGGCUUGGCAGCCAUGGCGACCCUUUUGGCCCUGGCCGUUGCUGGAAUCCUGGCGGCGCUCUACCGGAAGCACUCCACCGGUCGACCCGGAAGUCCAAAGCACGCUCCCAUCGUAUGCGAGCCGCCUAAUGCAGGUGCAACCACCCCGGUGCACCCUCAGACCAAGCAGGCGGUCGAUGACAUCGAUCCGGACAUCAUACCCAACGAGUACGAAAGAAGACCCCUAACGUAUACUACCGUCUAUAAGACACCGCCACAACGAAGAAAGAAAGCUCGCGCCGAUGAGGACGCCUCGCCGGAGAAAAGGCCGAUCGUUCAGCACGGUCUAGACCUGCCCCCGGAUCCGAUGUUGACCGACUGCCUGCCAACGCCUACCAUAAAUUACCCGCAAAAUCACGUGUCUCAGCAAAGCGCUUAUCAUCCGCCCACGAUGGCUGAUUUCAAGCAGAUGGCGAUGGACGCCUACAAUCAGCGUAACAACCAAAACGUAUAUUAUAGCCUUCAGAGGACGAGCAAAGGGCUCUCGUCGAUGCCACAGAGGCCCGUUUCAUCGUCGAUCUCCGCGCAAGGCAAAUUCCAUCAACCUGAAGUGGUGACACGCUCGAAUCGGAUACAGGAGAGCUGUAUAUAAGUUCGGCAGGAGGGUGGAUCGGGGAGGGGGGAGAGGGAGAGAGGUUUCCCCUGCGGGAUCAACCUCGUGAGCUUCUAAGACGCCGCCGGCGAUUAUAUUUACACGUGUAAAUGUAACGAGUACGGGCGGAGAGCAGCGUUAUAUGUGGGAGAGAUCCGUGGAUCCCCGAGACGCGUUGCGCGAAGUCUAAACGUGGUAUCUUCCCAUAGUUGGUACACGAGAGUUUCGCGAAUCCACUCCGCGAAACAUACUUAACGUUUACUGUACAAAACCGUAGAGAGGCUGAUGGUGUGUUCCAGAUCGUAUUGAUGAUGGGAACGCGGUCUCUCCUCGAGAUUACUUUGCGCCGAUGCCGCCGGGGACGGCGCUAUAACAUUUUCAUAUAUAAUUUUGCGGGGGAGAUGAGAAAGAGAGAGGUAGGAAAACGACGAGUUAGCGAGUUAGAGAGAUGGUUAACCCGUACAUGUCCAAAAGUAUUUCUUUACUGCCAUACUGAGGUAUAAAAAACGGUAUAUCGUAACGUACAAAGAGUCUAACCCCUAAAAAGUAGUUAAUGUCAAUAACGAGGAAGAGAUGAUGAGGCUGGGUCAAAGCGAGCUGAAGGAAAUUUUAACGGCGCUUUAUAUAUUUUAUUCAUACUUCCGGUAUUUCCGAGUCGCGCACAAAACGGUGUCUCUAUACAUAUUAUAUGUAUAUGGACACCCCCGCCACGCUAAUUCUUUUCGAACUUUUUACAACCUGUCGAAACUACUUUCAAGCGAGUCGCUCUCACAGCAGCGACCUGUGAGAUAACAGACGAUCAGGAAGAUUAUUCUCGCGAUCAGAGCUCGAUUCUCCAGCCUUAUCCUCGAGAAAAUACUAACGAUAUUAAUGUGAUCGUAUUCGAAGCUCAUCACUGCUCAUGUUUUUUCGUACGCAAAAUUUUUAUAAGACAGCCCCAGACACGGAGAAAAAAGUAAAAUAAAUUCGUUGAAAAAAAAGACUUCGCCGAACUCGAGAGAAUCUCUUAAAUGGAGCGACGUCUUCGUUCCCGAUCACUGAUCACGCGGCACACGAACGUGGGAAUUUUACUGUUUAUAUAUGGAACUAGUUUUUGUACAAAGAUUCUAUUGUAAAUAGACACGAGCCUGGCCCUAGAAUUAUAGUCACUAAUGUCCGAAUUUCAUCCGUUACACGUUAAGUCGAGAGAAGAUGUCCGAUCGCGUUUAAGAUAAAGCUCGAUGGCAUGCGAAUACGAAUAAAGAGAAUACGUUUCAUCUGUU